AUGGUUGUACUCCGAAUGCUUAAUGUACAACCCAACCUUGAGGAGCAUAAGGAGCAAAGGUGCAACAUCUUUCAUAUGAAGUGUAAGGUGAAAUCCAAGACGUGCUUGGUCAUCAUAGAUGGAGGGAGUUGUACAAAUGUGGUGUGUGACCGGUUGGUGGCCAAAUAUGGAUUGAAGGUCCUUAAACACCCAAACGCUAACAAAUUGCAAUGGUUAGGGGAUUCCGGGGAGUUGGAGGUGAAGGCUCAAUGCAAAGUUUCAUUGAAGAUUGGGGAAGUUGAAGAAGAAAUCCUAUGUGGUAUCAUUCCUAUGACGGCAUGUCAUGUUUUGCUAGGGAGGCCAUGGGAGUUUGAUAGAAGGGCCUACAAAAAUGGCUUCACAAAUGAGUAUUUCUAUAUGCUCAACGGGGUGAAGGUUCGUUUGAAGCCAUUGCUACCUAGUGCCGUGUUUGAGGCUAGCCAACAUCUACAAAAGGAAAGAGAGAGAGAUAGGAAAAAAAUGCUAGUAAAAGAAUGUGAGCUAAAAAAGCCAAGUGAGAGUGGGGGUGGUGAGAGAAAAAUAAAAGCGUCCAAAGGAGAGCACCCACAAACAAGAGAGGGAAAUGAAUGUUUGAUAGCUAGUAAAACCGACCUUGGGUGGGCACUAAACAAUCACCUCUCUGUUCUCCUCAUGGUCCGUAAGGAUUUUUGCUUAGCUACUAACCUUGACCCGUGUCCUUUGAUUGUCCAAAGUGUGUUGCAGGAAUUUGAAGAUGUAUUCCCGGAGGAACUCCCGAGUGAACUUCCUCCCAUGAGGGGGAUCGAGCAUCAAAUUGAUUUUUUUCCGAGAUCGUCACUCCCAAACCGGGCCGCAUAUAAGGCGAAUCCUGAGGAGACACAAGAGCAACAAUGGCAAGUCGAGGAACUCCUUACCAAAGGUCUAAUUCGUGAAUCUCUAUCUCCUUGUGCCGUACCCGUCAUUCUUGUACCUAAGAAAGACGUGUAUACCACCAAAUUCGCAUGA